AUGUCGUCAGACUCCCCUCCUCCUACCUCAGACCCGCCCAACGCGUCAGCCGCUGCUGCUACGCCCUCUUCAUUGUCGGCCUCUACUCCGACUACACAAUCUGCGGCGCACCCCUCUGCAACGCCAUCUUCGUCGUCGGCCCCCACUCCGACCACACAGUCUGCAACACACCCCUCUGCAACGGCCCCCAGUGCAGCUGCAGCACCACCGGCACAGCCUGCGCCUCCUUCUGCCCACGCGGCUUCCUCCCUGGUUUCGGUCCCUCGUGAUAACGGCAACGCCGGUGCGUUGCCGUUUUUUGGUGUCAAUUUCUCUUCGUCUCGCGCCCCACGUCCAUCGGAGCUGCUUCAACCAGCGAUCACAAUUCUGGUGGUGACUAUCGGAUACAUUGUUGGGCUGUUUGACCGUGCAGAUCAAAUAGAUAUGAAUCUCUUGCUUCGUGUUCCCGGAUACGCUAUCCGCCAAUUUUUUUCGUGGAGUGAAGCCGUUGCCUAUUACACGGAGAGAUACCUUGCAGGGGAUGUACACAUCGUUCCCCCUUCGCCAUCCACGUCGACCGGUCUUUCCUCUGGCUCGUCCCCAGCUCCACCUCCUCCUGCACAUGUGUCUGUCCCAGUGCCGCCACCUCCUAUUACUGCGCGCCAAGCACUAUCAACGUCUCGUGAUCCCACGGCUGUACGUCGAACCGCCGCACCAGCUAUUGCACCCGUACGGGCGCCUGAAGAUCCUAAUGCCCGAUAUGGGAGUGAGUUCAACCCAAUUCCUGUUGGCAUGGGCGAUGCUCUGACCCGCCGUGCUGUUCGUCUGGCCCGACUUGCAGAUAAUGUGCCGUCGCCGUCGUCUUCUACCCCACCGUCCAACUCCAAGACAUCAUCUGUGUCUACCGCGCCUUCGAAGUCCAAGGGCAAAGCUCCUGCUUCUGUAUCGCAGACUUCAAACUCCAAGGGAAAAAACAAGCGGCCUGCUUCGUCUACCGGAUUUCGAGUUCCAAAGGAGAAGCUAAUCAAAAUGAACGGCAGCAAUUGGUAUUGCGACCCACAGGAUCCUGAGAACUACAUAUGGCAUUCACGAGCGUCUCCUGACCGCAACUCCCCAUCUAGCGCCCCCCCACCCUCUUAUUCUGAUUUGCCCCCUGCCACCAUUACUGGAAACUCUGAAUCAGCUGCAGGUUCCAGCUCUGCCACGGGUUCCAGGUCUUCGCGGGCUUCUACAAACUCGGCAAACAAUCGUACCCGGUGGAGAGGUAACCCUGACUCUCCUCCUUGGCCCAACCCACCCUUGGUAUCACGUCAGGGGGAAGGUAGCUCUGCGUCAUGGAAUGACCUGUCCUCAGCCUCUCAGGAUGCAGAUUCUCAGCGUCUCACUCAACACCAGCAACGGAUUUUGUCUGCAGCAGCAGCAGCACGACGUCAGCGUCAAUCAUUGGUUGGAUCUUCUCAGGACUCUGCGACUAUCGGUAACUCUCAGACCCUUGAACAAUCUGUGUUAUUCACAUGUGAUGCGGAUUUCUUCAAUCAUGGAGCUUCCCACCCGUCCUUAUCUUCUCUCAUGGCAUCAGCCGACUCAGGUACUUCUGCUCCUCCUGGCUCUGAAGAAACACCAGAAAUGCCCCAGGACGAUGACGAUGAAGAUAUGAUGUAA